CGCGACAAGGAGGGCACGCCGAGCGGCUUCACGAUGAAGCUGCGCAAGCACCUCAAGGGGAAGCGGAUCGAGCAGCUGCUGCAGCCGGGCGCAGACCGGGUGCUGGUGGUGGCGUGCGGCUCGGGCGAGGCGCGGCACCACCUGAUCGUCGAGCUGUACGACAAGGGC